GACUUCAUUGUGACAGUUUUCAUUUUGUCAUUUCCAACCCGCUAAAUACCUUCCGAGGCUCCGUAUAUUCAAACGAAGAAUGAACACUCUGGACAAAUUCAUCAAGCUGAAGACGGCUGGAGAAGGCACCUACGGCAUCGUCUACAAAGCCAAGAACAAAGUGACUGGGCAAAGUGUGGCCCUUAAAAGGAUUAAGCUAGAAAAAUUUAACAAGUAUGACCAAACUGAAGGGGUCCCUGCGACGGCGAUACGCGAAAUUUCCAUCCUGAAGGGGCUGCGGCACUCGGCGAUCAUCGAGCUACAAGAUGUGAUGUACACCUCCGACAAGCUAUAUUUGGUUUUCGAGUAUCUAGAUUUGGACUUGAAGAGGUACUUAGAUGGGACCAUGAAACCAAUGCAUAAAGAAUUGAUUAGAAGUUACUUAAAACAAUUGUGCGAAGGCCUGUCCUAUUUGCACACCCACCGGAUCCUCCACCGCGAUAUAAAACCGCAGAACCUCCUCCUAGACAAAGAGGGCCACAUCAAAAUCACCGACUUUGGACUAUCACGGUGUUUUUCGGUCCCCACGAAGUCGUACACCCAUGAAGUUGUGACCAUGUGGUACCGAGCGCCUGAGCUGCUUUUAGGGUCCAAAUUGUACACAAACGGAGUGGAUAUCUGGAGCUUGGGCUGCAUUAUGGCCGAAAUGUUGAUAAAGCGCGCGCUUUUCCCUGGGGACUCAGAGAUCGACCAAAUCUUCAAAAUUUUUAAAAUUCUGGGCACUCCGAAUGACGAGAUGUGGCUCGGGGUGUCGGAGCUACCGCAGUACGAGGUUUCAUUUCCUCAGUGGAAAACGAGCGAUUUAAAUGUGCAUGUUAGUUUUAACGACGCUGAAGAAGAAGAGUUUAUGAAGAUGAUGUUAGUUUAUGAUCCUUUCGUCCGAAAAUCGGCGAAGCAACUUUUAAUCGUACCAUACUUAAGAAAAGCCAAACUGACGACACCCAGCAUGCGACCAUUUCCCGAUGUAACAGGAGAAUACUAGAAUUAUCAUAAGGAUAUUAUUAAAUAAU